AUGCGGCGCCUCGCUCUCGCCCUGGCGGCCCUACCUCACGCCGCAGCCUUCGCGCUUUCGUCGCCAGCAGUGCUGAAGUCGCCGCUCGAUGGCCGCCUCUCGCGCGCAAGGCCGCUCUUUGUGCAGGAGCAGGGCUAUGCGCAGGAUCUGCCGACCGGGUGGAGCGCUGCUUACGCCGAGGACGGAGCGCUCUACUACGUCAACGAGCAGACGGGCGAGUCUCAGUGGGAGGCGCCGCUACCUCAGAGCUACGGCGUGGCCCUGUGGCGGCUCGUUCCCUUCGCCGGGGUGUACGAUGAGUACGCGCUCGGCGCCGGCGAGCAGCAGGUGCUCGGCCGCUUCGACAUGAUGGCGCAGUCGCCGUACGUGUCUCGGCGACAGUGCGUCGUUCAGGUCUCCGCCGACGGAGUCGCCACCAUGACCACGACCGGGAAGCCCGCCACAGUCUGUCGCCGGUGGGGCUCCGAGUGGUACUGGUUUCGGCGCGACACCGGGCGGCGGUACCGGACGCCGCUCACGCAGACCGAGCCGCACAUCCUGGUCGACGGCGAGCAGAUCAGCCUGGACUGCCACAACCCAGAGGCGGCCAUCUACACGGUCGCCUGCUGCCAGGAGGCGGGCGGCGCAGGCGCAGGCGGCGGCGGCGGGGUGGAGUACAGCGACGACGGGUGCUGGAUGUGGAACGGGGUGGAGUGGGUGCCCACGGCGUAA